CCACACGUCAGACCUAGACAGACUUAGCAACUUAAACCUAUGAUGCUGUCAUUGCUGUUGCUGCUGGCUCUGUCACCAGCCAGUCCUCGGGGCACUGUGAAGAAGCACUCAGAGGACAGAAAUGUGACCUCUCUGAACCCAGAUCUGGAGGACAGAGCUCCUGAAAUGACAGACAUCUCAGUUAACACAUCAGUAUAUCAACAUCUUUUGUUUCCAGCCAAGAUGAAACAGAAAAGGCAGGCGUUUGAUAAUAAGGGCAACGUGAAAUGGCAGACCUGGAAUGGUUUCCUCCCUUCUGGAGCAGUGCUAAUUUACAACACAUAUGUGGGACGUAUUGACUAUGUCUGUAAACAUGGAUGCCAUGCUGGCUUGUACAGCCAUAGCUUGGGAGAUUUCUGCCACUAUCCCUAUGGCGACAAAGAGUAUCGUACGGGCUCAUUUGAUAUCCUUGUGAAUGACAAAUACUUUGAGAUUCUGGAGUGGAAGGAAGGUUCCUUUGGUUCAGUGCCCGAACAUGCAGUUAGAACAUGUUCUAGUGAUGAGGUUUAUGUUGGAAAAAACAAGUAUGGUCUAGGUAAAGUGCAUCCUAGACACACUGCAUUUUUUCUACCUUGGAGAGGUAAAGAAUAUUGGUACAAGUACUAUGAGGUGCUGACCAUUAAUAGAGAUAUUGACAGUGAGAUCAUCUCUGAUGUCAGAUAUAAAACUAACAACGCUAAAAUCAUCGAGUAUCCUCCAGAGACCAUGCGCAUCUCUUCCAGUAUUAACAAUGGAUGCAAUCCAGUGACAAAAACAGUAACUCUUUCAAAGACAGUUAGAGAUGAGAAAAGGUGGGACAUUCACGCUUCUGUCUCGUUUGGUGUCACUACGACUUUUACUGCAGGAGUCCCCUUCGUAGCAUCCGGAAGCAUUCAGUUUAGCAAUCAAUUUACAUUUGACUAUUCAAAUGGGGCAACUCAUGCAGAAGAGCACACCCACACUGUUGAAGUACAGGUCUCCGUCCCACCAAACCACUUGUGCAAAGUCAAAAUGCUGGCUUAUAAGUAUCAUGUAAACAUCCCUUUUACUGCUCUCCUCACCCGAACCUACAGGAACACAGCAGUGAAACUAUCACACAUCUCAGGGACAUACUACAGCAUCCAGACGGGAGAGGUCCGUGCUGUGGUAGAAAGAUGUGAAUACCUAACUUCUGCACAGCCAUGCCCACAAAAAACAUAAUAACACAGUUGUAAUCAUGUGUAUAUACAAGUUAAGUUGUAAAGUAAAACUUAAUAUUCCAAAUUUAUCCCUCCAAAAAUAAAAUUGCAUCAAAUGUUCUGUUUGUCAUGCCAUACCCUCUUUUCCUUGUUUCAUUAUUCAUACAACAUUAUUUAUUUAUUUUUCGUAAAUAAAUAAAACAAGUUUGAAAAAAAAAUUUUUUCUAAACAAAGUACUUCAAUAAUAUUAUAAUAUUAUGCUUUAAAGUAAAAUAGUGUUACCUACCAAAAGUAUUUAUAGCACCUCUUCCAACUUUUAAAGUAUUGAUUUAGAACAAAAUUUUCCCAUCUUAACUCUGCAUGUUGUUAUAUAAGGCAUCACAGUGUUGCAGUAUUUAACUUUGUUGCCUCACAGCAAGAAGGUCCUGGGUUCAAAUCCACCAUCUGCCCGAGGCCUUGCAGUGUGGAUUCCCGCAGUGUCUGCAUGUGUUCUCACUGGGUCCCCUGGCUUCCUCUCACAGUCCAAAGACAAGCAGUUACUGGGGUUAUGUUUACUGGAGAUCCUAUAUUGCCCACAGGUGUAAAUAAGAGUGUGAAUGGGUGUCUGUCUCUGUGUGUUAGCCCGGCAACAGACUGCCAGCCUGCCCAUGGUGCACCCCACCUCUCGCCCUAUGGCAGCUCGGGUAGGCUCCAGCUUCCUUGUGAUCCUGAACUCGAUAAGUAGAAGAAGAUGUACAAAUAACCCCAACCGGUCGCGGCAGAUGGCCGCCCCUCUCUGAGCCUGGCUCUUCUGGAGGUUUCUUCCUGUUAAAUGGGAGUUUGUCCAUCUCACUGUCACCAAAGUGCUUGCUUAAAGGGAAUAUGUAAUUGUCAGGGUUGUCUCUUUUGUAUUAUUUUAGGGAUUUUACCUUACAAUAUAAAUCACACUGAGGUAACAGUUGUUUUGAUUUGAGGGUGUAUAAAAGAGAAUUGAAUUGAAUUGAAUUAAAUAGCUGGACUGAUGUUUGAACGCAUACAAAUUGGUAACUUUGCUCUACCUGCUUAGUUUUUAUGAAUCUAUAAGAAUAAUUAUGAUGAUAAUUUUUUUCUUUGCUGGACUGUAGUAUUUGAUAUCUUAUUCAAGGAAUUGGUCAUUCACGAGACACUGUGACCCUCUUAAAUCAGACUAAAAAUAAAACUUCCUACCUUCCUUCCAAGAUAAUGUGAUAAAGUAAAGGAAGAGCCACACUCUCUUUAUCUCUGACCAUGUGCUCACUAAUAAUAAUUUCAUGUUGACUUACCAAGAAUAAACUUUUUAGUGGUGUGA